UUGUCUCUGUGAUAGUGGGUAUAAUACUCGGUCCAAUAGCUUUAGGAUUACUUGAUCCUUUUCAUUGGGGCCCAAAAGAUGAUAUUACUUUUGAAUUUACGCGUAUUGUUAUUGCUAUUCAAGUUAUGUGUUCUGGGGUCGCAUUACCAAAAGCAUAUCUUGCCAAAGAGUGGAAAUCACUAAUUAUUUUGCUCUUGCCAGUGAUGACAUACAUGUGGGCUGCCAGUGGACUAAUAAUUUGGUGGAUAAUUCCAAAAAUAAAUUUGCUUGAAGGUUUGGCGAUAGCAGCUUGUGUAACUCCAACCGAUCCAAUUUUGGCUAAUUCCGUAGUCAAAGGUCGUUUCGCAGAAAAGCACGUGCCACCUCAUGUGCGCAAUUUACUGUCAGCUGAGAGUGCCUCAAAUGAUGGUCUCGCGUAUCCAUUUUUAUUCCUUUCAAUAUAUCUUAUGGAAGAAGUUUCAGUUGGUAAAGCCAUUGGAAAGUGGUUCUUAUUUGCCUGGCUUUAUCAAGUUGCAUUAAGUUGUGUGAUAGGAGUUGUUGUAGGUUAUAUCGCAAGAAAAUUAUUGUAUCUUGCCGAGAGAAAUCGAUUGAUUGAUAAAGAAUCUUUUCUUGUAUUUGCAAUCGCAUUAGCUUUAUUCUUGAUGGGAAUUGUGUCUAUUAUUGGUAGCAAUGACCUGUUUGCUUGUUUUAUGGCUGGUACUUCAUUUACGUGGGAUGAUUGGUUUCGUAAAGAGACUGAAGAGGCUCACUUACAGGAAGUUAUUGAUAUGCUUCUCAAUCUAGCGGUUUUUGUAUAUGUUGGUACUAUUAUUCCUUGGUCAACCCUCCAAAAUGCUACUACUGAAAUUACAGUCUGGAGAUUAAUUGUUUGUGCUGUGUUGAUUUUAUUAUUGCGCCGUCUUCCGAUUGUCUUGGCAUUAAUGAGAUUCAUUCCCGCGAUAAAAACUUAUCGUGAAGCGGCAUUUACGGGAUGGUUUGGACCAAUUGGAAUUGGCGCAAUUUACUAUGUGUCUUUAAUUAAAAGACGUGUAAGUGAUACGAGUACUUUAUAUAUGGAUGUUGAACCAGUUGUUUAUUUUUUGGUUAUAAGUUCUAUAUUAGUCCAUGGAGUUACAAUUCCUUUGGUCAAGAUCUCAAAGAGAAUAAACACUCUUAACACUCGAUCAUUGACAGGGGGAACAAUGAGUAAUCAAGUAUCUCGAUUACCAAUAAUCGGAUUUGGAACGGAACUUAUCUUCCGCCCUAAAACAGAUAAGGACAAGGCUCCAACACCUAAUGAGGGAUCUACUUCUUCAACAUCACCUAAUGAAAAAACCGCAUCUUCAACACCAUCUAAUGAAGAAAUGCCAUCUUCAACAACAACAAUAAUUACAGUGGAAUCAGAUCCUGAUAUACAAAUAAAUGAAGGUAAUAUGACUUCGACUUCACCACCAGAACAAGGAAAUAUUGAGGAUAAAAGAGAACCAAAAGAGGAAAAUGAAGAACAUCAACGUUUACGAAUUGAUAUACCACAAAAUUUAAUGGAUAAAGUUACUAAAAGACCACGUAUUGAUCCUAAUGAUCGUUCAGGUUCAAAUAGUUCCAAAUAUGCAAUAUGGGAUGAAGGAGAUUCUUAUAUUAUAGAAAAUUAUGAUGGUGAAGAUAUACAUGUCAUACCAUCAUCAUCGCAUAAUACACCUCCUCAGGAACAAAAUCGAGGGUAUUUCUCAAGGAGAAAGAAUACAAAUAGUACAGGAGGUUCAUUGGGAUCACCUGGUUCACCUAAAUCACCUGAUGACUCGUCAGGGGGGCCCACAACAACAAAAUCCGUAUGAUUAUUAGGAAUAAGAACUUUUACCUACGUAAUAAUAUAAAUUUUUUUUAAUAUUAGAUAGGCGCUACUGCGCCAUAUUUAAAUGAUGCAAUGUUUUAUCAUAAGAUAAUUGCAUAAUUUGCAUAAUUAUUAUAUCAUUAAUUUAGAGAAAUCAUGAUGUCAUGCAAAAAGUCGGUUUGUAUAAAAAAUGCUGAUUUUCUUUUAGAAAUUUUAAAAAAAAAUAAAAAAUUAAAAAUUUAAUUUUAAACCGAA